AUGUUCAGCUUCUUCAAGCGCUCCAAAUCACAAAAGGGAAAACAAAAACACGACAAACUGCACCUGCCCGCGGAUGCCGGUGGUGCGGAAACGGUGGCAAACGGUGCGAAGGCCGCGUCCGUUGCGUACGCAAGCGCAACCGGCCACGCUGGCGACGAGGAAAACGCGGCUAAAAAUAUCCCGAAUCAACCGCAACCACCAGCGCCGACGAGCGGGGAACGGAUGCCAACAUCGAGGGCACCGGCGGGGCAAUUGUUACUGCCCUCGGAGUGGCCACCCUCGGAACCGAAGGGACCACCGGGGUGGAUCGAGGCGACGGUGGAAAACCUUUCGCGCGCAGCAACGGACGCGAUCGGUGUCGAUGUUAGUUCGAGUGGUCCAACGCGCCAGCACGGUUCGGUUCGGUGUGACGAACGUGGUGAACCACACGAAAACGAAUCCUUCCAACCGGUGGAACGCGUCGCCACGUACGACGGUGAUCGCGAAGUUUCGAGCAGCCCGAUCGAUGACAGCGCUGGGUGCGCACGGGAAACGCAGCCCAACGCGACCAGUUCGAAUUCGUACGCGCCACCGAACGAAAGUGCAAUGGCGAAAGGGAAAAAUCGACGCCGUUAUCAGCAACCACCACCACACCAGCAACAGCAGCAGCAGCAGCAACAACAGCAACACCAUCAUCAACAGCAACAUGUGAAAGUGCAGCAACAAAACGCCCUUAAACUCGCUCUUUCUGAGACCUGCAGGGUUGAUUCCAACGCUGGACAAGAAUGUGUGGUUUCGGGAAAACCACACCUAACGCAUGUUGCCACUACAAUCGCAUCCCCGAUCAAGGUUAGGCAGGAGAUCAUCCCAGUGCAACCCACCCUCGCAAACGGUGACGUCACCAGGGACGAAUCGACCCGAACGGGUGAUCCGAAGAUCGUCGACGAUCGAGUGGCCUUAGCGAAGACACGCACCGAUGGUACGCCAUUACCAAGCGCCUGCGCCGGUGGUCAUUCAACGACCAUCACGCACACCACUACACCCGCACCGGAAAGCGCGGGUGCGCAGGAAGAGUUAUUAAAUAUCAAAAAUGUCUCACCAACGGCAGGAGCGCACGAACACCACCGGCAGGUGUCGUCAGUGGUGGUAGAACACACUCACGCUCGAGUGGAUCCUGCAGCCGUACCGUGCAGUAGUGAACCGGACGUGAACCUCGCCAUAUCGGAGGCGAAUGCCGCCAGCAGUGCCAGCAGUAGCAGCUCAGCAGCUUUAGUGCUAGCAGCCGACCACAACGCGAACGUCCAGGAAAUGGGCCAACAGCCAAGCCGUGCCGGUAGUGAACAACGAUCCCAGGGGAAAUCUAAAUCAGCCUCACCACCACUGCCACCACCACGUAGUGUGCGAUCAUCAUCGACCGUUGGUGGGCUUGAUCUUGAGGCGGCAACACGCCACGCAACCGUCCUGAUCGUACAGGAUGCUGCUGGGGACGAUACUAGCGACGAUCGGGAUGUCUUCUACGAGGCCACGGAGACGCUCUCGGCCAGGGAUGGUGGAAGGGGAGUCGCUUCAGAGCUCAGUGAGCCCACCGGUACCCCGGAACCGAUCCGAGCUAGCCUGGUGCUUAAGCUUACCGAACCGGAACAACCGAGGCGUACCGCGCGAAAGAAGCAGGUCAGCUUCAAGCUGACACAGAACGGUAGUGACGAUGUGGAAGCGACCAGUGUGGAUAGUAGUGAUGCGGAUAGUGACAGUGAGGAUACACCCGGCACGGGACGCUCGUUUAGUGACACACACACGACGGCAUUUAGUGAACGUAAUGGCAACCCACCCGCGUAUGAAAUUCGUGCGUUUGCGGGCGAGUCUGUCGAGGGGCGUCAAAAUUACAUCGAGUUUGCGUAUGAUAACAGUGAACCGGUGGAGACGAGCCUGGAAAAGGACACCACGCCGGCGGUGGAAGGAUGUGAGAAGGAUGAGAAGCAGCUGAAACCCGGCACGGAAGUGUUGAUCGAGGAUAGUGUCACCUGUCUGCCGGAUGUGGUGCAACCGUCUAACAUCGAACCGCUCGGAAAAGCGACUACCAUCGCGUCGAGUGGCAUCCUGCCGACGGUCGCGUCCUUCGGCACCGUUGAGAAGAUCAACAGUGAGAUGAAGGAUCUGGUCAACCAGGAGUCUCGAUACAGCGCCAAAUUUGAGGAGGCUGAGAAGCGUGUCAAGGAUGCCAACGUAAAGGUCUACGAACUGCAGCAAAAGCUCGAUGCCGUCGAGCGGGAUGCGCUGCUCAAGGAAUACAACGUGGAACGUCUACAAGCGGAACUGGUGGCCGCCUUGAAAGAAUGCGACGGCAUACGAGCACGGCUAACGACGCAGCAGGCGGAGAUGGAAACGAUAAGACUGAAGGCCUCCGACCGGGAGGAUGAACUUAAUCUGAAGUAUCAAAAUUUGGAAAUUGAACACAUGGAGCAGACGGAAAAGCUGGCGGAAGUGCGCAAGCUAGCGUACGAUCUGAACAGCCAGCUGAUCGACGCCAAAUCGGAAGUGGAUCGGUUGAAGGAAGAACGCCAGAAGCUGCUGGACGAGCGCACCGAGGAGCAGAAAAUAAUGCGCGAAGCGCUGGAGGAGUCGGUGCGUGAGCGUGCCCAGGUUGAAGCGAAAUGGAAGCAAAGUUUCGAACAGCUGCGUGAUGUGAACAACGCGCGCGAGGAGGACCUCAUGAAGGACUGCGAGUUUACAAUCCGGAACAUGCAGAAAACCUGCAAGGAAAAGAUGGAAACCGUAGAGAAGGAACGUAAACAGGCCCUCGAACAGGUGUGCCGGUUGGAGGAGCUGGCUCGGAAGCGUACCGACGAGGUGCACCAUUUGAAAUCUUACGAGGCAGAGGUCGAACAGCUGCGUGGACUUACAUACGACCAGAAGGAGGCGCUCACCAGCAUGACGAAAAAAGCCGAGGGGUUGAAGGCGGAACUGGAAACGGCCUACAACAAGCUCGAGGAGGAAAUGGUUAAGGUGCAGCAGAUCAAGAACCGUUGUGAAUAUCAACUGUGCGAAAAAGAACGUGAAGCACUGAACCGGAUAGAGAUCGCACGGGGUGAAAUAGCAAUGCAGUGGGAGGAUCGGUUGCUACACGAGAUGAACCGGCUUAAGGUGGAGCUUGAGCAAACGCACAUGGAAGAGCGCACGUCGGCGAUUGAGAAAAUUCGGCGUGAGACGCUUGCCGAAACUGAAGCCCUGAGCAAGCGGUUCAAUGAGCGCGAAAAGCAGUUGAAAGAAGAGAUUGAAUCGUUAAGAACGAAACUAGAGCAGCAAAAAAUGUCCAUGUCGAACGCGCAAACCGAUGCCGACCAGAAGCUGCUCCAAUCUCGGAUGUACGUGGAGCGCGCCGAACGUGAACAUGAACGCAAGCUGGCCAAAGAGCUUUCCGAGAAGGAUGAAAUUAUCGAGCAUCUCAAGCAACAGUUUGAAAGCGAAAAGCAUGAUUUGGAGCAGCACUUCACUGAGCGGAUCCAGCAGGUGCAGGAAGAGUUCGCCCGAGAGAUUUCCGAUGCGACCGAGCAAAUGAAAAGUGCCCAAAAAAAGGAACUCGAGAAACAAUGGAAAACCCUUGUUGCGGAAAAAGAAAAAGCACUGCAGUUGAUGGACAGUCGAAACAAAAACCGACUGGAAGACGCUGAGAACAAAGUCAGAGAACUCACGACCAGCCAUCAGCGGCAGCUCAACGAUCUGCAAGAGGAGCACACCUUCAUCGUGCAUAGCCUGGAAUCGCGGGACUCGAAGAACGCGAAAGAAAUUCAAACGCUCCAUAAAAAGUGCCGCUGCCUAACGAAUCUUUAUGAAGAGAUGCGUAUACGCUAUGAACGGCGAGAUCCUCGGCCGCAAGAUUUGCAGCAGAUAGAGGAACUAAAGAGCGUGAUCGACUCGCAGGAGCGUGAUUUACAUAAGCUAACUGAACGACUGCGUGAGCUUCAGCUACAGCAAAUGCAACAGGAACAGCAGCCACAACCGCAGCCUGCGGGACGUCGUUCGAAACCGAACCGUGGAAGACAACCGAAACAACCAUCGAACCAGCUGCAACAGCAACAACAGCAGGGCAAAAAACAGCAACAGCAAAAUAAUAAGCAACAACAGAAGAAAGCGAUAGUACAACAUCCACCAGAGGAACCCUACCAGAUAGUUGAUCAAGCGCCAUUCGCGGAGGAACAACUUGAAGAGGAAGAUGUCGAGUAUAUCCAGUCCCAACCGGCCGCACCUGUUGAGGUACACAUUCCACCACCUCAAAUGGUACCGUCAAUGGCACAUCGAAAGCAGUUCGAGGUGAUAUACGAAGAAAACGAAGCGGAUAUUAUUCGUGAGGAGGAAGAAGCUGAGAUAGCUGAGCAGCAACAGCACCGACCUGAUGAUGUGGAUGAUGGUGAUGAUGACAGUAUCGAGGAAAAUCCGGACGAGAAUGACGAACAACCGUUGCAGCCAGUGUUGGCCGAGGAUAACAUUGAGAAGGGAACGACAGUGGUUGACAUUCCCGAGUCUGCGAUUCACACGGAAGACCGAGUAAUACAAUCGACCACUCCGACAAUUAUUGACGAGCUGGAAACCGAGGAUGUACAGCACCGAUCAACUUUUGACGAAGAGCAGAUGCCACAGAAAGAAUGUCUCACCGAACUCCAGCGAUCGGUAGUGAUUGUUCCGGCUGAAGAUGUAAUGGAAGCAACCGCACGUCCGCGAGACCGAUCAUCGACUCCGCGAAUCGUCAUUACUGACGAUACCGAGAAAGAGUCCAGCGACCUAGAGGACGAAAAUGCUGUUGUGGAAAUAACGGAGGAAUCUUCGCCAGUUAUUGUCGAGCUACCGGCUGUUUAUGCGAAAACAUAUCCACCUCCAAUGGAGAUACCGAAUGUGGAAAUGCCGGAGUGCGUCGGUGAUAGUGCACACGUGGUGCCGGAGGAAACAGUUAAUUCCACACCAGAUGGCGCCACUCCUGAAGGACAGCGCAUAGACUAACAGAGGUGACCGUAUUCACGUUAAAUUAUGCUCAAAUUUACGGCUCGUUCUAUCAAUCGCUUAGUUCUCAUACAUUGAAAUUUAUUAACUCCCAGACGAUGGAACAUUUCUUUCAUAUUACCCACAGACGCACUCAAAACACCCCCCCAAACUUUUUGGUAGGCUCUGGGGUAGUGUUUGUUAAGAUUGAUUUCGAUCGACUACAGCUAAACCAAUAUUGUUUCUUGAAAUCCACCAAAGAGUUGAUGAAAAUGUGUAGCAAGUGUUUCUAAGCCCGUAUGUGGGUAAUAUGAAAGAAAUUGUUCAUCAUCAGGGAGCUAAUACAUUUCAGGAUUUGAUAACUAAGGGGCGGGAUCGGAUAAACGGGGCAACUAGACCGAUCCGGCGCCCAUGUUGUAUUAUAAGCAAAGGGAAAUGGUAUUGGUAUUGAUAUCUUAUUCCGUUUCGAAACGCUUCACUCUUAACUUUAGGUUGCCCAACUAUUUUCUCCUUUUGGUACUGUACAUAUAGCUAAAUACUCGCGUGGAGACGAUAUUUUCCCAUUGGGGGCAACCAGGGCACAUUCGUGUAAACGCCAGUGAUUAGAAUAACUAAAUGUAAUGGGCAAAUAAAAAUUAUAGAAA